AUGGUCCAACUCGCCCACAUCUUCAAAAAAGACAAGGACAAAGACCGGGAGAAAGAGAAGCCUGAGAAACAAGACACUUCCGAAAAAUCAAGACCAUCACCCUCGGCCAGAUCGUCUUACCACGACGACCACCCGGACAGUCCCGCCCUCUCGCCCCGGACCUCUUUCUCUUCCGCGCGCAAGUCGCCCGCCAAAUCCAAGUCUCCCUCCAAAGCCCCCUCCAAGUCCCCGACCAAGUCCUCGCCGACGAAGAAGCGCUUCUCGCACAGUCGGUCCUCUUCCACCUCCACCCAGCCCCCUCCCUCCUUCAAAUUCGGCGCCCGGUCUUCACGAGACCAGGACCUUCACCCGCUCAAUCUUCCGCCCGACGAGCUACGCCGUCGACUCUCGGCCAUGGCGGCGUCUCGGGACGAACAGCGGAGCUCCAUGGACAUCGAUCCACAGGAGUCUCAGCAAAAGAAUGGUGUCAACGGCACCGAGGUGGAACGCAGUCCUACCCCGCCGCCGCACAAGUCCUCGGGCUCGACAGACGAGGCCGAUUCGUUCAAGUUGGCCGGUAACAAAUUCUUCAAGGAUGGCGACUACCGCCGCGCCAUUGAGGAGUACAACAAGGCGAUCGAGAUCAACCCCAACUCGUCGGCCUACCUGUCCAACCGUGCCGCCGCCCACAUGUCCGCGAAGCAAUACCUGAACGCGCUCGAGGACAUUGAGCGUGCCAACGAGCUUGACCCCAACAAUGCCAAGAUCAUGCACCGCAUGGCGAAAAUCCUGACCAGCCUGGGUCGGCCAGCUGACGCCCUGAGCGUCCUGUCCCAGGUACCUGAUGCGUCCGCGACCGACCGGGCCCCCGCCGAGAAGAUGCAGAAGUUCAUCACACAGGCCGAGGAGACGCUGGCCGAAGACCGCGGUGGAUCGAUGGCGAUCUUCUGCCUGGACCAGGCCCGGCAAGGGCUCGGCCAAGGUGUGAAGGAGCCGCGCAAGUGGACCUUGAUGACCGCCGAGGCCCAGCUGAAGAUGAACAACAGCAAUUCCCUGGGCAAGGCACAGGACCUCGCCAUCAACCUGCUGCGCGAGAACAGCCAGGACCCGGAUGCGAUGAUGAUCCGCGCCCGCGCUUACUACGCCUCCGGCGAAACGGAGCAGGCGCUCAAGCUUCUUAAAAUGUGCCUCGGGCUGGACCCAGACAUGAAGCAGGCGAUCAAGCUGCUGCGCAUUGUGCAGAAGCUCAGCCGCACCAAGGAAGAGGGUAACGCCGCCUUCAAGGCAAAGGACUACCGCCGCGCUAUCGAUCUCUAUACCCAGGCCCUCGAGGUCGACCCCACCAACAAGGAUAUGAAUGCCAAGAUCCUGCAGAACCGGGCCCAGGCCUACAUUAACCUGAAGGAGUACGACUCGGCGAUCCAGGACUGCACGGAGGCGCUGCGUCUGGACCCCGGCUACGUGAAGGCGAUGAAGAUGCGCGCCAAGGCGUACGCCGGCGCCGAGCGGUGGGAGGAUGCCGUGCGCGAAUAUAAGAGCAUUGCUGAGAACAGCCCCGGCGAGAAGGGUAUCCAGGAGGAUAUCCGUCGGGCUGAAUUCGAGCUGAAGAAGGCCCAGCGCAAGGACUACUAUAAGAUUCUGGGCGUGGGCAAGGAUGCCUCCGACAAUGAGAUUAAGAAGGCCUACCGCAAGAUGGCUAUCCAGUAUCACCCGGAUAAGAACCCGGAUAGCGAGCAUGGCGACGAAAAGUUCAAGGAGAUCGGCGAGGCCUAUGAGACUCUGAUCGACCCUCAGAAACGCACUGCCUAUGACAAUGGCGAUGACCUGAUCGACCCGUCCGAAAUGUUCGGCGGCGGCGGCUUCGGCGGCAUGGGAGGCAUGGGAGGCAUGGGCGGUAUGGGCGGCGGCAUGGGCGGCAUGAACGGCACGCACAUCAACAUCGACCCCAACAUCCUGUUCAACAUGAUGAACGGCGGUGGGGGUGGUGGCUUUGCCUCUGCUGGCGGCCAUCCCUUCGGCGGCCAGGCCCGCGGCGGCGGCGGCGGCGGCGGGUUCCCCGGUGGGUUCCCUUUCUAG